GAGAGAUAUCAGAUUUGAGAGUCUUGUCAUUAUGAUGUUUGUUAAUGAAGAAUUUGAAGAAUCUCAACCAGUUUUCUCUGAACCAAAAAAGAACAUACUUACAUCACUUAGGAAAUACUUUUGGAGACCCCAACGCUAAUAUGGUAGGUUCAUCCUGAAACCGAUGAUGAAAUGGCCCGUCGAAUCAAGAGCAUGCUUGGCGAAUAUGUCCAUAAAGGUGAUUUUCCUGCAAGUGAUCGGAGUGGUCCUGUUAAGAAAGAAGUAAAUAGCACAUUACCUCAUGUAAAAUCAUUUCCAAAGUGCUCUGAAAUGGAGGCAUCAGAUCCAGAUUCUACUCUGUGUAGAGAAGCAAUGGAAGAAUUGUAUAAAAAUAAUCAGUGUGACAAAAAUUCUAAUGAUAAAGCUAUAGCUUCUACUGCUAAUGAAAUUUCUCAUAUCAGUGAUAAAAAUUCAGUGUCAGAGCAAAUCUCGGAAUCCAGUUCUCGUAGGUCAUCGCUGAAGAGACAGUGCAAGGAAAAAAUUAGUCUUCUUGAUUAUAAUCCCAUGUUUAUGAUUAGGACUAAGAGAACAAAAUCAAGCUCAUCAAGCAAAUCAAAAUCUAUUGGAAAUGCUGAAGAGAGUAAAACAGAUAAUUCAGAAAAGUGUAAUUUGCCUUCCUUGGCUAAUCCUAUUCCUGUCUCUAAUACACUGAGAGCUUAUGAAGGAAAUUCAGUUGAUAAGAACUCAUGUCAGUUGAGCUGAAACCAAGACUGUGCUAUUGCUACCAGAGUAUACAUAUCUUUGUAAAGCUUGAUGAAAGUGCAUCUUUUGUGUGUUAUACAGAUAGAGAAGAGAUAUCAGUUGUAAAUGCAUGCCAUGAUUAAAAUUUUUAACAAGCAAAUUUAUUAAUGCCAA